UACUUUAUUCUCAUAAAACUACUGCUGUUUUUUUCAUUUUUUCUUGUUGUCUUUUUGUUUUUUAUUAAUUGUAUUUUUUAAAUGUGUCUAGGGACGAUUUAAAAAAAAAAAAAAAAAAGUAGCAGGCCGCACUUUGGACACCCCAGUCAGGUGCAUCAUGGGACUUGCAGCUGUCAGCCCACGACCAUAACAAGCUAAUUAGUUCAUAAAAAGCAAAAGUUGAGAGAAAAUGUUGGACAAAUUAAAAAGUACACCACUAAAAAGAAAUCAAUCAAUCAAUCAAUAAAACAUAUUGUUGGAAACAAGUAUUAUUAUGUAAGUAAAGGCAGGUACAGCUCUAAGUUUACCUCAUGAAAGGGUCCAGCAGCAAGCAAUAACUUCCCAAAGUCGUGUGAAAGUCAUUUUAAUGGCAGCGACGCCAUUAGAGUGCGCUAAAAUUACACAGCUAUUCCUCCGUAGUAAUCAAUCCCCUUUCAUACAGAGGAGGCGUCACCAAUGGAUGCCCAUUUUGGAAAUGAAAACAAGUUAAUGGUGAAGAAGUUGCGCUAAUGACUAUUUUGUGCAUGAGUGUCGGCGAGAAACGACAGCUGACUAAAGCGUUGGUGACAAAACACAGCUGCUCGCGGUGCCAAAUGCAUCUCCUAAAUUAGCUUUUAACAGCUGACUCGAGAAGAAAGUGAAGUGAGUUGAUGUGAAUAAAGAUACAUCGCGGUGAUUGUUUUAAAGCCACAGUUUAACAUCAUGGAGGAGUUAAAGCACGGCUGCACUCACGGUUUAAGAGGGGGGCUGGGCCUUAAGGGCAAAGGGGACAGAAGGGGCGGCGUAUUUUUAUAAACCAUGUGCUCUCCUUCACACCUGUCAGUCACAUAGCACACAGUGCUGCUCCAUUCACACACUCACACACACACACACACACACACACACAAACACACACUACAUUUAAGAAGAAGACUCUCAAGAUGGUUUCAGGGCUCAUCUUGCUGGCAAACUUCCUUCUCGGGCUCCUGAAUGCCUCCCUGGUGUUCGUAACCAACCUCACAGGCAGAGUUGUGGGCAGCGAGGUGUUCAGGAGGCAUUUCCACUUAUUGUUGUCCACUUUGGUUCUGGUCGGGCCCGUGCUGAGUUUGUGGGUGUCCAAGUACAGCAUCUUUGCAAACAGCAACCACUAUCUUUACAGAAAGUUCCUCAAUUCCACUUGGGGUUGGACGUGUACCUUAACAAGUUCCUUCAUCAUCCUCCUCUCCCUCUCGGCCCAUCACCCAGCCUCCCUCUGCCUACGCCACCUCUCUCGACUCGGCCUCUCAGGCCUGCUUUGGUGGGGCUGCCAGCGCCUCCUCACCAUGCUGGAGGACGCUGCUGGUACCUGCUAUGAGCCCGUCCUCCAUGGCCAGGAGAGCGCUACAAGCUCUGCACAGCCUCUGCUGCUUCUCCACGAAGACCAGACUAAAGCCUCCUGCCUUAAUGCCAAAAUGCUUUGGAGAGGAUAUGAAGUAUCCCAGGAUGUGCUCAUUCUCUGCUUGUGCUGCCUCUUGCUUGUGGAGGAGCUGUCCGUCUUUGGAAGUCACCUCAAACAAAAGUUCCCCCACGGAGGCCCGCUGAGGUUCAUUUUCCUCCUGGGUGUGCUUCUUCUCGCCGUCUGGGUGUUCCUGCUACUGUGUGUGCUGGCACACUUCCCAAAGUUCCCCGCCCAGCAGCUGGGAGGAGCUCUGGGCUACCUGGGAUGGAGAUGCCUCUAUCAAGGAUGGUUCCGACUGAAACCAAACUGGCACUGUCCAGGUCUGCCUGGGGACGAGCUUUCACACAGCACAGCUAAUUAGGAUGCUCACUUGCAACAGCAGAAGUACUGUCAUGAACUAGAAUGAAAGCAUGGAGGUACUGUAGAUGUCCAAUGUAUCCUACCAGACAACUGAUUAUGACUGACAGACUGCACAAAAUCCUCAUUUUAUUUUGUAAUGUGUUGCAGAAAAUGAACAAGAAAAGCAAAGAUACGAAAUGGCAGUGCGGCCUGAUUGUACUUUGUUGACCUCGCAUGGCUGCUCAUGUUAGUAGAUGAGCGCUUUGCAGUCUCCUCGGGGCCUCUUAAUUUUGGCGUAGUUCUUGUUGAUGAUGUCAUAGAGUGCCGCCUAAGAGAGGAACACAGGCGUCAGAGGGAUAGAUCUGUGACUUGUGCUUUUGCACUCGGGCCUUAAAAAACACAGCGCUCUUAGGGAGGAUCUUUGGCUAGCCUUUUCGCAGUAAGUCCUUAAAAACAGUAGAACGCUCCUGUCAUACAGAGGUGGGGUAAAAAUGGUGGUGCCUUCCAAUUAAAUUAUUUUUUCCGUUUGAUUUGUGGGUUUUUUUGUGAUGCCACCACAGAGGGAGGGAGGUGAUGAUAACAAGGUGAUGAUAACAAUACAACAAGAAAUUCAACUUACUGCAAGAGGCUCAGUGCGGUUAAGGAAAUCUCUCCAUUACACAAAUGAAUGACGCUAAUGUAAACGCAGUAAUUCCUGGUUCAUCACGGUAGAAGUUUAUUAUGCGAUAAGUGAUUUUCUGCCAAGUAGAAUUCCUUAUUCAUAAAUCCAAUACUUUUGUAGUUAAAACAUAGAAAACCAGUUUAUGACCUUCUACAUACAUUUUAAAUAUUAAAACUCUCUAGACUUGACAUAACACCCCUAUAGUCACCUUUACACUCAUAUUACUCAAUAUAGUAGAUAUAAUCUGAGAAAAUUAGCCAUUUAAGACAUAAAUAAGACUUGCGUGUUUCAAUAAAUGUCUUCCGGAUGUGUGGACAGGAAGUGACGUCGGAGAUUCAGAGUUGAGUUCUGGCUGGAGUAAGUCUGGCCACAAUAGCCCGUGUUAUUAUCACGAUGAUGAUUAUUAUUAUGUUGUUAUUGUUGUGAGAUCAUUCAAACCGGAAAUAAAAGCCUGUUAGCGAUCAA